GAUUCCCAGUCGGAGGUGCUCCAUAAGGAUGGCGGGGGAAAGGACCUUUUAUCACCGGAUAUGGUCUCCCUCAACUGCGAUACGCCAAUAAUCGGUAGCAAGGCUGAAGAACAAAAGGCUGCAAAACAAUGCCUUGAAAAACCUUCGACUUCUUUUAAACUGCACUGGAACCCUUCUACAAUUCCCAUUUUUGGUAUCAAGGCUGAUGCACCAAAGGAUAAGAGUUCUAUUGGUGAAUGUUUGUAUUGUUUAAAGGUGGGUGAUCACAUUUCACGAUUGUGCCCUUACAAAUCUGAUGUCCCAAAGAAUGCCAUUGUUGGCAGUGGUUGUGCGGUCCUUUGCAAGGUGUGCGGCUGCCGCUUUAAAGGCUCAUGUUGUGCCGAGUGUGGCAUAACCCAAGGACGUGCAAUCUUCAUGAAUUGUUCAUUAUGUGAGAAGCAAGGUGAACACAUGAAUUAUGAGUGCCCGACCCUCAAGAAGAAACAUUAUCCUAGUUUUUGUAAUUGCGACCCUUACAUGGGGCUUACUGUCCCUUCUUUUUCAUUUCAGAGUUUGUGAGGAAGAUUAUUUGGAAUUUGCUAGAGCUUUGUGUGGUUUGGAGAAAAAAUAAAGUGUUGUUUUUGUUC